AUGAUUGUCCCACCCAGUUCUCGCCGGCUAAGGGUCUUUGGCAGCGUUGCCAUCCUGACCUUAAUCGCGACUUACGUCCAUAUUCGUUCGCAAUGGGAUGAAUCCUCGUUCGGAUAUGCUCGUGAUUAUUACAAGAGCGUCACGAGCUACUUUGGUAGCUCAGUAUACAACAACACAUUGUAUUCCGAAGGGAAUGAGGAAACGGUCAACCAAUAUUACAAUGCUAGCAACCCUUGCGCCAGUUUUCCCGAUACCGACGGCAUACUCCUGGUAAUGAAGACGGGCGCAACAGAAACCUUCGAUAAAAUGCCCGUUCAUCUUCUAACAACUAUGAACUGUCUUCCCGACUUUCUCAUCUUUUCUGACAUGGAACAACAAGUUGGACCUUACCAUAUUCACGAUGCUCUCGCCGAGGUUGACGAAUCUGCCAAGGCCCACAAUGCUGAUUUCGACCUUUACCGCGACCAAAAGGAAUGCCCCGUAUCGCAGAAGUCAUGCGUUGAUGCGAAGAGGGACGGACAAAAGGCGUGGAAUUUGGACAAGUACAAAUUUCUCCCAAUGAUGGAACAGACUUGGAGGAUGCGUCCAGGCCGAGACUGGUAUAUAUUCGCUGAGGCUGAUACCUAUAUCUUCUGGGCCAAUAUUGUACAUUGGCUGAAGACCGAGUCCGGCUUAAACCCUCGUGAGAAACUCUAUCUCGGCAGCCGAAGCUUUAUUGGGGGAACUCCAUUUGCCCAUGGAGGUUCCGGGUAUAUACUUAGCGGGACGCUAUUGAAGCAUUUGAUUGAAUAUCACCCAGGUGUGGUCAAGCAGUAUAAUGUUAAGGGGGCUCAUGAAUGCUGUGGUGACUUGAUGCUGGCGCAGGCCUUAGAAGAGUAUGAGAAGGUUAAAAUCCGGCAGGUUUGGCCCAUGAUCAACGGUGAAAAGCCGAGUACACUCCCUUAUGGACCCGGCCAUUGGUGUGAGCCGAUUUUUACUAUGCAUCAUAUGAAUGCGGAGGAAAUCAGUAACGUGUGGCAAUUUGAGCAGACGCGCAAGACUGAUCGCGUUCUUCUGAUCAAGGACAUAUACGAUGGCCUGAUCCGACCAAAAAUGCAGGUAUCGCGAGAAAACUGGGAUAACCUCUCAGAUGAUGUGUGCUACCUCAAUCCAGAUCCCGAGGCUCAACAACAUGCGGAUGGGCAUUCACGCGACCGACAGAAGAAAGAGGAAGAGAUGAAUGAUGUUGAAAAGGAGGCAUGGAAAUCAUGGGAGAACUGUGCGAAGGUCUGCGAGUCCCAGGAUGUCCCAGAUGAAGAAGAAUGGGAUAUACGAGGAAUCAUAGAACGCGAAGAUAACGCCCCUAGCACUGCUAACGACACGGAGGUUGCUGAGGACACUUCACCUAGCGACGCUGCAGCCCGGGAAGAGUGGAAGAAGACCAUGAACGAGAAGAAGCGGAAUCGAUCCUGCUUCCAGUACCGCUGGCACGAGGAUGUAUGCUGUACGGCAAAGAGCUUUAAAUUGGGUGCGCCUAAGAUGCCGCCUGAUAAUGGCGAUGCUAAAGCCAAAUGGGUCAGUGGUUGGCACUUGAAGGGCAUCAACGACUGGAUUGACGCAAUGGGGGAGUGCAAAAAGCCUGCCUGGAAGACGCCCGACUCUUGA